CAAGCCACUUUAACCUAGAGGUUUGCAAGGUUGGAAGUUCUGCGCCGGGAGCCUGGGAGAAAUGGAGCUGGAGCAGAGAGAGGGGACCAUGGCAGCUGUGGGCUUUGAGGAGUUCUCAGCACCUCCCGGCUGGGAGCUGGAGCUGCCUCCGCUGUUCAGUGGUCACAUCCUGGAGAGUGAGCUUGAGACCGAAGUGGAGUUCAUGUCUGGGGGUCUGGGCAGCUCCAGCCUUCAGGAGCGAGAUGAAGAGGAGGAGGCAGCCCGAGGCCGGUGGCUGCGCCAACGGGAACUCAAUCGCAUGAAGUACCAGGUGCUGGGUCGGCGCUGCAGGGAGAUCGAGCAGGUGAACAAGCGGGUCCUGAACAGGCUCCAUCAGGUACAGAGGAUAACACAGAGACUCCAGCAGGAGCGGAGGUUCCUCAUGAGGCUGCUGGACUCCUACGGUGAAGGCUACCAGGCCAGCCAGUUCACCAUCUUACUGGAGGACGAGGGCAGCCAGGGCACAGACGCCCCCACCCCAGGCAACGCAGAGAACGAGCCUCCAGAGAAAGAGGGGCUGUCCCCCCCGCUGGCGGCGAAGAGCAAAGGCCUGGGUUCCAGGAUGAGAGAACCCUCUGAUGUGAAGUGGACAGGGGCUGGUAUUCUCUCCAGAAGUAUUGUGGCACAUGCCCUCAAACCCCAAAGCUUUGACUUAGAAGCUGCCUUGCACCUGGAAAGGCUCAGCAGGAUGAAGACCAGUUACAGAAAUGUACCACUUCAUUGUGUUCCCAGACUUCUUGGAAGUGUUGCCAUGUAUUUUGCCAACUGA